AUGUUUGAAAUUAAGAAGAUUUGUUGCAUUGGUGCGGGCUAUGUUGGAGGACCUACAUGUAGUGUCAUUGCUCAUAUGUGCCCUGAAAUCAGAGUAACGGUUGUUGAUGUCAAUGAAUCAAGAAUCAAUGCAUGGAACUCUCCUACUCUCCCUAUUUAUGAGCCAGGACUAAAAGAAGUGGUAGAAUCCUGCCGAGGAAAAAAUCUAUUUUUUUCUACCGAUAUUGAUGAUGCCAUUAAAGAAGCUGAUCUUGUAUUUAUUUCUGUGAACACUCCAACCAAAACCUAUGGAAUGGGGAAAGGCCGUGCGGCAGAUCUGAAGUAUAUUGAGGCUUGUGCCAGACGCAUUGUGCAAAACUCACAUGGGUACAAAAUUGUGACUGAGAAAAGCACAGUUCCAGUGAGGGCAGCAGAAAGUAUUCGUCGAAUAUUUGAUGCAAACACAAAACCCAACUUGAAUUUACAGGUACUGUCCAACCCUGAGUUCUUGGCGGAAGGAACAGCCAUCAAGGACCUGAAGAACCCAGACAGAGUACUGAUUGGAGGGGAUGAAACGCCAGAGGGCCAGAGAGCUGUGCAGGCACUGUGUGCUGUGUAUGAGCACUGGGUUCCCAGAGAAAAGAUCCUCACCACUAAUACUUGGUCUUCAGAACUUUCCAAACUGGCAGCAAAUGCUUUUCUUGCCCAGAGGAUCAGCAGUAUUAACUCUAUAAGUGCCCUCUGUGAAGCAACAGGGGCUGAUGUAGAAGAGGUGGCAACAGCCAUUGGAAUGGACCAGAGAAUUGGAAAUAAGUUUCUGAAAGCCAGUGUUGGUUUUGGUGGAAGCUGCUUUCAGAAAGAUGUUCUGAAUUUGGUUUAUCUCUGUGAGGCUCUGAAUUUGCCUGAAGUAGCUCGGUAUUGGCAGCAGGUCAUAGAUAUGAAUGACUACCAGAGAAGGAGAUUUGCUUCCCGGAUUAUAGACAGUCUGUUUAAUACAGUAACUGAUAAGAAGAUAGCUAUUUUGGGAUUUGCAUUCAAAAAGGACACCGGUGAUACGAGAGAAUCUUCUAGCAUAUAUAUCAGCAAAUAUUUGAUGGAUGAAGGUGCACAUCUCCAUAUAUAUGAUCCAAAAGUACCAAGGGAACAAAUAGUUGUGGAUCUUUCUCACCCAGGAGUUUCAGAGGAUGACCAAGUGUCCCGGCUCGUGACCAUUUCCAAGGAUCCAUAUGAAGCAUGUGAUGGUGCCCAUGCUGUGGUUAUUUGCACUGAGUGGGACAUGUUUAAGGAAUUGGAUUAUGAACGCAUUCAUAAAAAAAUGCUGAAGCCAGCCUUUAUCUUUGAUGGACGACGUGUCUUAGAUGGGCUCCACAACGAACUACAAACCAUUGGCUUCCAGAUUGAAACAAUUGGAAAAAAGGUGUCUUCAAAGAGAAUUCCAUAUGCGCCUUCGGGGGAAAUUCCAAAGUUUAGCCUUCAGGAUCCACCGAAUAAGAAACCCAGAGUAUAG